GGCCGAGACCCGCCUUGAUCCACCUCCACACGACGCGGCAGCAAACGCGUCUCGUCUCCGGGGAGCGGAGCACCUGACCUGCCUCCAGCCGCCGUCCACAGACGCGUCCUCCGCCUCCGCCGUAUACCUCCAGAUCCGCAGGUGAGUUCAGGCGCUCUCUCCUCACGAUCCGAAUCUUCUCGCGGGUAAGCAGUUCGGCGCCCGCAGGAGAGAAGUCGAGAGAAGGAGGAGCGGCCGGCGGCGGAAGAAGAUGUCGUACCUGCUGCCGCAUCUGCACUCUGGGUGGGCGGUGGACCAGGCCAUCCUCGCCGAGGAGGAGCGCCUCGUCAUCAUCCGCUUCGGCCACGACUGGGACGAGACCUGCAUGCAGAUAGAUUGUCAGUUCAAAGUUGGGGCAGGAAUAGUUUCCAGUAAGUUUCUCUUUUUUACUCCAGACAAAACAAAGCUGUUAUUGGGACUUUUUGCAGUCUAUUUAACCUUCCAUGAUUUUGAAGCGUUUUAUGAGUUACCAUGUGAAAUUAAAGUAAUUGCCUAUAGGGCAGUUCCUUUCUAGUAAGUUAUGAAUCUCUGGAGAGUUCUUUGCAUUUGUUUCUUCCUCUGGUUGCUUUCCUGCUUGCGGAAGCCUGUCCUUUCGGCUUGGAGCUGUAACAUAUGCUGUUGAGAAGAUGCAGGCAAGUUAGAUGGGGUUUAGGGAUGGAUGAAGUGCUGGCUGCAGUAGCCGAGACCAUAAAGAACUUUGCUGUCAUCUACCUCGUAGACAUCACCGAGGUCCCGGACUUCAACACCAUGUACGAGCUGUACGACCCGUCGACGGUGAUGUUCUUCUUCCGUAACAAGCACAUCAUGAUCGAUCUCGGGACGGGAAACAACAACAAGAUCAACUGGGCCCUGAAGGACAAGCAGGAGUUCGUCGACAUCGUGGAGACCGUCUACAGGGGUGCCCGGAAGGGCCGUGGUCUGGUGAUCGCUCCCAAGGACUACUCCACCAAGUACCGUUACUAAGAAGUUACUAAGAAGGCAGGCAAUGGUGUCGGCUGCUGCUACUGCUGCUGUGUUAGCUUGAUAUGUUCCCACUCAUGUAAUGAGGGAUGUUUUAUCCAGACAGGCAGACAAGGGAUGCUUGCUUGUGAGCGUGUUGCUUAACUAUCUUGGCAUGCCAUAAACCUGUAAAGCUGUAAUAUGAGCUGAUCGUUGGAGUGUCAAAAAUUGUGUUUUUCACAAAACAGGGCUCAUGUUACUAUAAGAGACCAUUGCUGGUUUGACGCAUACUGCCGAGUCCAUAGCUUUCUUUUA